AUGUUUCGAAUCCUUGAGUCACAAGCUCCGGCCAAACAAACGGCAACGGAAACAAUCGAUGUUUUAAGCAACCGCCUACAAAGUGCCACCUUACUAGAAGAUCGACGGGCCGCGAUCCAAGGUCUACGUAGCUUUGCUAAGCUCUACCCUGCAUCAGUCGCCUCAGGAGGACUGCGAUCUUUGAUCAGCAGUUUGCGCAAUGACAAAGAGGAUGUGGACACCACCAAGGUGGUCCUUGAGACCCUAUUGAUGUUGUUUACCCCCGAUGAGAAUAGCCCCGAAGCAUCAGAUGAAAUAGCUCUUUGGUUGGCGGACGAAUUUACACAGCGACAAGACAACAUUACAAUACUACUAGACCUCCUCGAAACCCCAGAAUUCUACUCACGUCUAUAUUCACUUCAAUUGAUGUCCCAUAUAUCCGGUGCAAGACCCGAACGAACCCAGGAAUGUAUAUUUACGGCACCUUUGGGUAUUUCUCGACUCGUGAAUGUGUUGACGGAUGCGAGAGAACCGGUACGAAAUGAGGCUCUCCUCCUACUUAUUGUGUUGACUCCGGCCUCGGAGGAGCUCCAGAAGCUUGUCGCGUUCGAGAAUGCGUUCGAGAUCCUGUUUUCGUUGAUAGAAUCAGAAGGCUAUCUGACGAAUGGCACCGAAGUGGUGGAAGAUUGUCUUUCAUUACUUGCUCACCUUUUACGAUACAAUAUAUCCAACCAGUCAUACUUCCGAGAGACUGGCUGUGUGCAAAAGGUGACAAGGCUUCUCAUUGAGUGUCAGCAAGACCAGGAAAUGGACGAGGCCCCUCCCCAGUGGGCCCUGGUUCAGCGUGACAAAAAUGUUUGGGGUCUCUUAGCUAUUAUUCAAUUAUUCUUGAUUCGUGGAGGCAAGGGAACCCCCAGCAAUCAAACAGCAUUUUGGCAACACGGUGUGACCGAGCAAGUCCUUAGCAUAGCAUUCGGGCAGCGAUUCAGUGUCAACGUUACUUCUAAGGCUCUGGCAACAUGUGCCGAUCUGAUUAGAGGAAACUCGCCUUUGCAGGAACGUUUCGGGGACAUCGAAGUUUCAUGGGGUUCGACCUCCCAUACUACGGACGCUAAAAAUGGCACCGCGGAGCCAGAACGUAUCAAUGUCAUCGAAGCAUUCUUGAAAUUGAGCCUCGAACCAUCUCCCAACAACAUGCUAGAUGCCCGUCUAGCAGCUUGUGAAUGCAUGCAAGCAUUCUUCGCUCAUCACCCUGGAAUUCGCAUGCAUGUGCUCCGACGUGCGAUUGAGGGCCACACCAGUGGGCAGGAUCGUAUCCCUAACAUUCUUUCUGUGCUGCUCACGGCGCCUGAAUCCCGGGGCAACGCCGACCCAUAUCAGGUUUGGAUGGCUUGUGUUUUGAUGUUCCAUCUCAUCUUUGACGAUACCGAGUCAAAAUCAACGGCGAUGAGCGUCACCGAGGGGGAUGCUGAGAAUGGCGAAGAAGUUGUCACCAGUGUUCAAUUGGUGGUUGGUAACUUGAUCACCGGACUGCAGCGCGGAGACGAUGAGCGGAUCACUGUUGGGUAUCUGAUGCUACUGUGUGGUUGGCUUUAUGAAGACCCAGAAGUCGUCAACGAUCUCCUUGGAGAAGGUAGCAGUAUUCAAACACUACUACAGGAGAUUAAACAUCAAAGGACGCCUAGCAAGUUGAUCCCUGGACUUUGCACCGCUCUGCUUGGUAUCAUCUACGAGUUUUCUACUAAGGACUCCCCUAUUCCUCGGGUGACUCUACAUAAGCUGCUUCUCGAACAACUUGGGAGAGAGCAGUAUAUUGACAAAAUUACAAAGUUGAGAGAGUAUCCACUAGUCCGAGACUUUGAGGUCCUUCCCCAAACAGCUGCCGGACAACUUGAAGGUGGACUGCCUGAAGUAUUCUUCGAUCGGUCAUUUGUUGAAUUCCUUAAAGACAACUUCAGUCGGUUGAUUAGAUCUAUUGAUCGUGAACCAGGCUUUGAGGUUUCAAUUGUUGCUAAUGGCGUGGAAAAGGGUGUCUCACGAGAGUUGGUGGACUCUCUACGGGCAGAACUCGAAGAUCGCAGUCAAUCAAUCGAGAAGUUGGAAACCGACUUCGUCAACGUUCAACGAAAGCUUGAUCAAGAGCUGUCAGAUCAUCGUAAAACGAAGGAGUCGAGUUCUUGGGAACUUUCCAAGGCCCAAAAAAAUCUGCAGAAUCUGCAGUAUUCUCGCGAUCAAGAUCUCGCCAAGCUAGAAGCGCAACAUACACACGCGAAAAACGAGCUUCUGAAACAGCAUGGGGAGCAACUCCGUGCAAUCGAUAAUCAAUUAAAACAGGCCUCGGCUGACUAUGAGAGAAAAAGUAGUAAGGUCCAAGAACACCAUAAGCAGGAGACUGCUGGAUUCCAGAAGACCAUCCGCGGGUUGGAAUCAGAGCUAUCCAAAACUCGAGAAAAGCAUACGAGCGAAGUUGAUGGCCUUAAAAAGACCAUUCACGAUAUUGAAUUGUCCAUGAACCAGUCUAAAGAGGGUCAAUCUGGGGAGAUCGCUCGUCUCGAAAAGCAAAUCCAGGAGCUAGAGUCAGCCAUUAGGAAAUCCAAAGACACUCAUGCUGGAGAAGUUGAUACUUUGAAUAAGAUGAUUCAAGAAUUGGAGUCGACCGCUGUUCAUUCUAAAGGCAGUCACACCACAGAAAUCUCAGCCCUGCAGAAAACCAUUCACGACCUAGAGUCGAUCAUCAAUCAAUCCAAAGAAAGCCACGCGGGAGAGGUCACGGGUCUCCAAAAGAAGCUUCAAGAUUUGGAAUAUCUUCUUGCUUCAAACAAGAGUCGACACGAGGCCGAGACAUCAUCUUUCAAGGAAAAGAUCGGAAGCCUGGAGUCGGAUCUGGCUGCGGCACAAGGGCAGCAAGAUGGCGAAACUGCUGAACUCAAGAAAACUGUCGAGACUCUUCGAUUGGAUCUGGAUAGAGCCAGGGCACAGGCAACUAAAGAUGCGGAAGCUGCCAAGAACGGAAUAUCGUCUCAGCUUUCUGCGUUAGAAAAACGCGCAACUGAGGCCGAAAGCAAGGCGAAGGAGGCUGAAGCGCAAGCACAAAACGCAAGCAAGGCACUCAAGGAAGCCCAGGCUCAGUUUGAGAAGUCCCAGUCCGAUGCAAAGGAGAGGGAAGAUGCUCGCCAAGCCGCCCAGUCUGAACUAGAAGAUCUACUCAUCGUUUUCGGUGACUUGGAAACCAAGAGAAAUGAGGAUAAGCAACGACUCAAAGACUUGGGCCAGGAAGUUUCCGAGGAUGAAGAUGAAGAUGAUGAGAACGAAGAGGAAGAGUAA